UAAAGCGCUUUUUGUUCUGCCGUUACUUUUUCCAUAAAUAAUUAUUAUUAUUUCCAUAAAUAAUUAUUAUUAUUUUCAUAAAUAAUUUAAUUAAAUAUGUUAAAAUUAAAUUUUGAUAAUGAAGGAAGCAACCAUGGUGACUUCUUUGGCAAUUUAGACCGGCGCUCGAAUUUGGAUGAACUUUUCGACAGCGCGGAAGAAACUGAAGAUCAAAACUUAAAAUAUAAACGUACAAAACAACCACAUUCCGAACCUACCUCAACAGCUACCGGCACUCAAGCUCAGGCAUGGAAAACAGAAUUGGCGUUGGUGGCAACUGCUUACAAGGCGGACGCAUCAAUGGGCAAAGUAGGUGUGGCGCUGUUAAGAGAUGCAACAAAUAAUUUCAGGGUCAUCAUUUACAAAACAAAAACUUCAAUUCUAUCUAAUUUGAACGUAAAAAAGGAAGACCAAACAAAUUUUUAUAUGCAAAAUAAUUAUAUACAAUUUUAUGAUGAAAGUAUGAUCUUUUGGAGUUUAAACUUUGACAAGCAUGAGGAUAGGCAAGCAUUUAUAGAUAAAUUGAAUUUCUUUAAUAUCAAAGUAGAAGAUAAACCAGAAAUAAAAACACAAACGGAAAUAAUCGAAAAAGUAAAAGAAAGUCCAGUGAUAAUCAUGGACGACAAAGUUGACGAAUCACCCAAGGGAAAGAACAACACACGAACAAGUUUACUAUCACGUAUAUCAAAGGUAGGCCAACAAUUGCCAAUAUUUCCGAAAUCAGAUAAAAUAACUAAUAACGAAAUUGUCACUACCACCGAAUACAGUGACUCAUCGGAUGCGGAAGUAGUAGCAACUCCACUUAUAGUCACCAAUAAGCCAACUAUUGCACCAAAAAGCAAAACAAUGAGUAAAUUAACAAAUAACCAAAUAGUGGCUGCAAACAGCACAAGUUUCUAUGGAAACAAUACACAGUUUAAUGCAAUGGAAACUCAAUUUCUGCAGAUGAUGCUCACAGAGAAUCGUACACAAAAUACAGAAAUGCGUAUGGUCAUUAAUAAAUUAGAGUCAAAAAUUGAAAAAGUUAUGGACAAGGUAGAUGGCAUGUCAACCGGUGGAAAUCAGAAAACAAACAAAGAUGACGAAAUAAUUGCAUUAGAAGAAAAACUAUUGGAAUUAAAGAAAGAAAAUAGAAAACUGAAGCAGACGUUGGACAAUAACUCACAACGGAUAAACGAAGAAUCAUUCCAUAAUUUAUUAAAAAUUUAUGCUGACGACUUUGAGGAUUUAGGCAUAAAACCGAUAAAGGAUCUUGAAAAAGUUUUUAAUGAUUUAAUAGAAAAAUCUAAGCAAUUUCAAAAAAGCAAUAUAAAAAAUGAAUCUAGUGUAAAGGAAGAGAUGAAGAAGAGUCAACUGUUAGAACAAGAACUCGAAACGGAAAGAGAAAGUCAUAAAAUAAUAAAAAAGAAAUUAUUAGAAUUAGAAAAUACAUUGGAAAACUUAAAGCAAAGUCAUAUGGAGAAAGAAAUCGAGGUCGAAACAUUGAACCAAAAGCUUGUGGAACAAUUGGAAGCACAGCAAAAUAAAACACAACAGGAAAAAACACAAACUGAAAUCGUUCUCAAAAUUAUGAACAAUUUAUAUGGAAGCUUGAGCACAAAAAUGGACGAUCUGGAUGUGUUGCAAAAGGAACAAAUUAUAGCAAUUAUUGGACAAACAAUUAGAGAGGAAAGCCUAAAAGUGAUUCGCAAAUAAGCCAUAAAAUAAGUUUAAAGUAUUAUAAGUAUUAAUAUAUAAUAUCUAAGAAAUAAUUUUAUUUUGUUAAAUGUAUUUAAAUAUACUUAAAGUAAACCAAUAUUUAAUAUCGGUCUAAAUGAUUG